CACACACAAAGAAAUUCGAACUCUCCUCCUUCUUCUUCUUCAAGAAACCAACCAAGAAACUGCUUCUUUCUCUCUCGGCUCUGCGACAAUGGCGGUGAUUUCUUCAACGUCGUCGAAAGAAAAAACGUUCUUGGAGCCCUGUUACAGAUCUCGGCCUCUCCUACCCCUAUCGGCUUAUGGCUUCGCGUCGUCGACCUCAUCCAGUUUCUCCGCCACUUCUUCACAAUUCUUGACGCGCCCCGCCUCCUCCACGCGCCAUCCCGUGCCCGGCAACUCCAUUUCCACCUCAUUGUCCUCCUCCGUCCGGUUCGCGGUCGACCUCCCGAGCACUCCCAGCCGUUCGAUGACGGUCAAGAACCCGUUCGCCGACAACGUCAAGAACCAAAGCAACGGCCAGAAGAGCGGGACGCCGGUGGCUGGCACCAAGAAAGCGUGCCUCUGUUCCCCUUCGACGCACCCAGGCUCCUUCCGCUGCGCCAUGCAUAGGAACGCGCCGCGUGGCGGCGCUAGCCGAUCGAACUCGAGCAGCCAAACGGCGUCGUCGUACAACUCGAAUAUCAGGCUCAACUAUCGAAGGUCGGCGAUGAAUAACUCGUUGGUGAGAAUCGGAGGAGUGGAAGGGGACUUGGUGAAGCGUGCUUUGGCGGCUCUGAUCAGACCCACGGCUCACAAUCAGCGGCGCCGAGCCGAUUUCCAACCCAAGCCGAGCCGGCUCUCCGUAAUGUCCAAAACGGCGUCGGCUUCUUGAUUUCAUUAUGGUUUAAUUGAUUCUUGGUUACUGCGAAAUUAGGGUUAGAGCAAAAAAAAAACAAAGAAAAAAAAAAGGGGGAGUUAGGAGCGAGUUAAAUGUUCAAUUAACUCAAGAAAUCGUUCACCACUUUUUUUGGUGAAGGUUAUGAUCAUGAUUAGUAGAUGGAAUUGUUUUGGGACUGAGAUUAGGCCAUUAGGGUUACUAAAUUACAUUU